AGUGGGGCACAAAUUGCUUUCCUCAGCCUUCUGAUUUUCCUGCUGCAAGUAGUAGUAAUGGUGAGGGUGACCCCCAGAGGGCGUUCGAUCCUAUCGCCUAUGAGAGCACUUGCAAAGAGUAUUUCCACGCCGCUCAAGAGCUGGGAAGACAUGUCCUUGGAAUGAUAGCUGAAGGCCUGGGAGUUGACACAGAUUUCUUUGAGGGAUACCUCGACAAGCAGAAUUCCUUUUGCCGACUCACCCACUACUUUCGACCAUUGAAAGAUGGUCAAGAGAAAGGAAUAAACGGAGAAGAAGAGCCUCUGGAAGAAGGAGCGGCAGCACAUACUGAUUGGGGUGCACUGACGCUGCUCAUUCAAGACACUGUCGGUGGACUACAAGUCUACGAUCGCUCCACAGGAAAAUGGCACGAGGCCGAUGGACUAACGACACGUAUAGAAGCACUCUUCAUAGGGUCAUAG